AUGACAUUACAGAGGUGGAUGUGGCUGAACAAGGCUCAUGGAGAUGAGUCAUUUUAUGUCAUUCUAUCGGUAGCGUCAGAUGGGAGUGUAAUGUUGGAUGAGACACUUGAGCUAGUCAGGACGCAUGAUCCUAGGUUGAAUAAGGGGAAGAAGUACCAAGCAAGAGUUAGUAGCUGUGAGGAUAGUGAGACCGAUGACGAUAAAGGAUAUAAUAGCGAAGGAUAUGAGGGCAUAAAUACUGCUCAUGACGAUGAACCACUGAAAUCGCUCAACCACUGCUGCAGAAUGGGAACAACGGGUAACCAAGAAUUUCUUCUGCAGAGUGCCACUCAGACCACGCUACCUUCCAACUUAGCUUCCAUUGAAGACUGCAGAGAUAACAAUAUCAAUGAUACUUCUGAUUCUCCACACUUGAGUCUCCAACCAAGGCCCAUUUUAACAUCAGGGUUGUCAAAAACCAGAAACGAAGACGUCAGUGAACCGAGAACCUACAAGCCAGACGGGGUCGCCACAUCCACCUCGACUUUACUCGCCUUUCACCAGCCCACAGUUGUGGAAAAAGUCCAACCCACAGCCCGCAGUCUCUCGGAAAUCAAUGCAGCAAUCUAG